GUUGUAGCAGUUGAAAAAUCUUUAAAAGAUAAGAUACGAAGAACAAGAGCCCCCUCUCUCUCUCUCGUCCACUCACCUAUUGUGUAUCUCAUCAUCACCAUGGACAAGACAUUUUUCUCUAGCAACGAAGGGAAACCAAUUACAUGCAAAGCAGCAAUAUGUAGAAAAGCAGGAGAAGCAUUGGUGAUUGAAGACAUCCACGUGGAUCCACCCCAAGCUUAUGAAGUUAGGAUUAAGAUUUUAUGUACUUCUCUAUGUCACACUGAUCUUACUUUCUGGAAACUAAGCUUUGGACCAAUUUCAAGGUUUCCUAGGAUUCUUGGACACGAAGCAGUCGGUGUGGUCGAGAGCAUUGGUGAAAACGUGGACGGAUUUAAACAAGGUGACGUCGUUUUGCCAGUUUUUCAUCCUUAUUGUGAAGAAUGCAAAGACUGCAAAUCUUCAAAAACCAACUGGUGUGACAGAUAUGCCGAAGAUUUCAUAUCAAACACAAGACGAUAUGGAAUGGCUUCAAGAUUCAAAGAUUCUUCAGGAGAAGUGAUUCAUCAUUUUCUCUUUGUCUCAAGUUUUUCCGAAUACACCGUCGUGGAUAUUGCACAUCUUGUCAAAAUAUCUCCUGAAAUCCCCGUUGAUAAAGCGGCUUUGCUCAGCUGCGGUGUCUCCACAGGAAUUGGAGCAGCUUGGAAGGUGGCUAACGUGGAAGAAGGCUCCACCAUUGCAAUUUUUGGCCUUGGUGCUGUUGGACUUGCGGUUGCAGAAGGAGCCAGGCUACGAGGAGCCGCAAAGAUUAUUGGUAUUGAUACCAAUUCUGAUAAAUUCGAGCUAGGUAAGAAAUUUGGUUUUACGGAUUUCAUCAAUCCGACCUUAUGCGGAGAAAAGAAGAUUAGUGAGGUAUGUUAUCAAAUAUCUUACACCACUUCAUAUAUCUUACGUCAGAUGGAGUUAAAUAAACGUUACAACAACUUAUUAAUACAUUGACAAGAACAAAUACUAUUACUUUUUUUUUUUUGAAAAAUACAAAAAAAAAAUAGGUCAUUAAAGAAAUGACAGAAGGAGGAGUUGACUAUAGUUUCGAAUGCGUUGGCUUAGCUUCUUUACUUAACGAGGCUUUCAUCAGUACCCGCACGGUACGCUUAAACCGGAUCAUACCGAAUCUUAGUCAAUUGAGUAUAUCAUUCUAAUGGUUAGUCAAAAUUGGCUCUAUAUAUAUAAAUAAAAAUCAGGGAACAGGUAAAACUGUAAUGUUGGGGAUGGAGAAGCAUGCAGCGCCAAUUAGUUUGGGUAGUUUUGAUCUUUUAAGAGGCAGAGUUAUUUGCGGAAGCUUGUUCGGUGGUCUGAAAUCCAAACUUGAUAUUCCCAUUCUAGUGGAUCAUUACCUAAAAAAGGAGCUCAAUCUGGAUAGUUUCAUUACACACGAACUGAAUUUCAAAGAAAUUAAUAAGGCUUUCGCUUUAUUAGAGGAAGGAAAGUCUCUCCGCUGCAUUCUAUGGAUGGAUAAGUAACUAUCCAGCUUCAUAUUUGCACUUUAUAAUCUUCUCGUGGAUCUUGUUUAGAUUAUCUUCCUUUGUCUUUCAAGAUGCUUUGUCUUGUUACCUUGCAAUUUUUGUUCUUUCCACACGAGCUACAAACUUAUCAUUUGGUAGUCCAAACCCCUUAACAUUGUGUUUUCUGAUGGUUACAAAUAUUAUGACACCUUGUAUUUGUUGAUCAAUGAUCAUUAUAGUACUAAUUGCUUCUAUCAUUGAAAUGCAAAUCUUAAGGUCUUGUCUUCUUGAUACAUUCGGUCGCUGCAAAAGCCUUG